AUGUCGGGUUCCCGCGCGCUGGCCGCCGCCGCCUCGGACCCGGGGUCCGGGAGCCGCAGGAGGACGUGGGCUGAGCUGCUGGCGGGCCGGGCCCGGAGGCAGAAGCCCGGUCCUGAGCGGGGCCGGCGGGUCCUGGCGGCCGCCCUGCAGCUCCUGAGGCGCCAUGUGGACCUGAGCCAGCUGCUGCUGGAGGUGGACGGCCCGCGACCUACAGAGCCGGCCCUGAGCGGAGGGAUGGACGGGCGGAUGGACCGCGGCAGCCCCGGCGCGCUGGUCGGCUCUGCUCUGCGGGAUCAGGCCUCUCGGCUGGGGGUUCCAGUGGCCGUCCUGUCCAGCCACACAGUGGCCUCCAGCUUUGUGCAGAUCUGUGCGGCGCGUGCGGAGCCCUCCCGUGGGGUGUUGCUCGACCCAGAGCAGAGAAAGAAACUGUCUUCCUUGUUAGAGAUCGCUGGGCAUUUACUAGCACACAGUAUGUUCUCCCGUCUCACCUUCUGUCAAGAAUUGUGGAAAGUACAGGAUUCCCUGUUGUUGGAAGCUGUGUGGCGUCUUCAAAUACAAAACAUUGUGAGCCUCCAAGAGCUACUGGAAAGCCACUCGGACGUGCAGGCGGUGGUGGCGUGGCUCUUCAGGAACCUGCGCUGCCUGUGUGAGCAGACAGAAGACACCUCUCAGCACGUCGACAUCACCAGGGCUAUGCUCUCUGGUUCAGUGGAUUCAGUGGACACACAUUCCACAGUAUAA